AUGCAGGCCAAUGCUAGAAAUACAACCUCCACCCUCCCCAUGAAAGGGCCUUUUGAUCGCCUCAAGAAAUCUCAGACGGCCUUCAUCAGACCCGCCCAGAUGAGUCUCUUUGCCCGAGUGACAGCCUACCCGCCUUUAGGGCAAGUGACACGCCUUGAAAGAGCGCAGCAGACACCGUCGGGAGAAGAUGACACUACGCGGUUUACUGUCGUCAUUGAAUCAAGCACCUCUCUUCCCGAGCAAUCCUGGGAAGCCCAAAUUUGGCACAAUAUUACCAGCUCGGAAUGGACAGCUUUUCAAUUACAAAAGAUUGCUUCAUCGCAUGCCUCGCUUCUAACAGGGAAUGAGGCUGAUUAUAAUUCCUACCGCUAUGCAUUCUCUGGGGAGAUUGCGCUUCCUGCAGCUAGUGGCCAUGCACACUUUACUGUGCGUUUCCGAACGAACCCUGAUGCAGAAUGGCAAUGGGCAAACCAGCAGCGCCCAAUUAAUGAUGGCGAACUAAUAUUUGGACCACGGGACUUACAACUUCAAAAUUUAUCUUCUGAUGGUGGCUCUGCUAACUCCAAGGAAGAAAUUUUGAAAUAUAUCGAUAACUUGUCUCCUGAAGUGCAAGUCGAGUCUCGCCGAAGCGAUUGUCCUGGAUCUUUACUGUGGGAAAUUUCUGGGAGCGUUGAUGCAGCUCAAGAGGAUGUCUCUGGGAUGAAGCGAUUUAUAUUGGGGACGCCUUCGUCCGUUAUCAGAUAUUUCUCCCUGGUGCGUAUUUGGUCUCCGUGGCUAGGCCCACGGCAUGGAAAGGACAAGUUCCACUUGACAGAAGAUGCCAUACUGUGUUCGUUUCUUCGGGAUGAUGGAACAAACCUUCUCUUUUUGGCUGUUUCGGGUAUCAAUGAUAUUCUAACUGUCUUUCAAUCCGGCGAGGAUGGCGAAAUAGUAGUCAACUCCAGAAGUGAUAAUAAAGAGCGAGCUGAUUUCCUUGUUCUUGCUGCUGUAGCCGAGGAUUUUGAGGUCGCUAUGUCUGCUUUGGUAUACGAAGCAAGAAAAGUGGUCAGGCCGUUUUCUAAAUCUAGCAAUGACCCUUCGGAGGAACAGCAACCGCUUUCUCCUCCCGCAGAUGAUACAGUGGUUGUCGAGAAAGAUGUGAAGAUGCAAUGGCUGACAGAGUGGUUCGAUGGUUUGACAUAUUGCACUUGGAACGGACUUGGACAGGAUCUGACAGAGGAGAAAAUAUUGGGUGCAUUGGAUGCUCUCAAAUCACAUGGAAUAAAUAUCGUCAAUCUCAUCAUCGAUGAUAACUGGCAAAGCCUUGAUAAUGAGGGUGAAUCUCAAUUUAAGCGACGCUGGAAACAGUUCGACGCAAACCCGAAGGCAUUUCCCCGGGGUUUGGAACAGGCUGUCAGUAACAUUCGCCGAAGCCAUCCAAACAUUGAGCAUGUUGCGGUUUGGCACGCCCUGCUAGGGUACUGGGGAGGCAUCUGCCCCGAUGGAGAUCUUGCAAAGAAGUAUAAAACUAAGGAGGUCAAAGUGAAGGAUCCGGCAGCCGGAGGGCCCAUUGCACAUGACAUCUCCGACGGCAAAAUCCUUGCCAUUGAUCCCGACGACAUUCAACGUUUCUACGAAGAUUUCUAUAGCUAUCUAACCUCUGUUGGAGUGGACUCCGUAAAAGCAGACGCUCAGUUCUUCAUUGAUCUACUCGACGAUCCAGAGGACCGUAAAAGAUUCAUGAAUUCCUACCAGGAUGCAUGGACCAUUGCUUCUCUCAAACAUUUCGGCACGCGAGCCAUUUCAUGCAUGUCCUUGAUUCCGCAGAUGAUCUUCCAUUCACAGCUUCCAACCAACAAGCCCACAAUGACACUGCGGAACUCGGAUGAUUUCUUCCCUGAGAUCCCUUCGUCUCAUCCAUGGCAUGUGUUUUGCAAUGCACACAAUGCACUUUUCACACGAUACCUCAAUGCUCUGCCAGAUUGGGACAUGUUCCAGACGAGCCAUCCUUACGCAUCCUUCCAUGCUGCUGCCCGCUGUGUCUCUGGUGGACCUGUCUACAUAACAGAUGAGCCUGGUAAACAUGACCUAAAACUUUUGGACCAAAUGACCGCGCCCACUGUGCUCGGAAGAACUGUCAUACUUCGGCCCAGCGUUCUUGGUCGCUCAAUGGACGUCUAUAAUGACUAUAACGAAGGACAUAUUCUGCGCGUCGGAAGUUACACUGGCUGGGCCAAGACAGGAAGUGGAAUUAUCGGUCUUUUCAACGUACAAUCGGCAGAAGGCUCGUGCAUAGUCGCACUAAAAGAUUUCCCUGGAGUCCAUGAGAAUUCAGACGGUCAAUACGUGAUUCGUGCUCACACAAGCGGGAAAAUCACAGUUCAGAUGCAGCGCCAGUCUGAAGACUCUCUUGUGUCUGUUGUUUUGCAAGACAGAGGCUGGGAAAUCCUCACAGCGUAUCCGACACAAUCAUUCAAACUGAGAGAUAUCCAAGACAAGGAUUUAACUGGAGGCAACCCUACCCAUGUGGCUAUUCUAGGUUUACUUGGGAAAAUGACCGGCGCAGCUGCUCUGGUUAGUUCGGAUAUUUUUGUUGUUGAGAAUGGCCGUCUACGAUUUGAUAUUCACCUGAAGGCACUGGGCACCUUGGGAGUAUACAUAUCCGAUUUGCAAGACCGAGAUAUAUCUCGAGAUUUUAUGGUGAUGAUCUUGGGACGGGCAAUCCCUCCAGAUACUGUAUGGAAAGAGGAUGGUAAAGACAGCCGGGUUCUGGCGAUUGAUGUGCUCGCAGCUUGGAAGGCCAUGAACUUAGAUAGUGGCUGGAGUAAUGAGGCAUUUGUCCAAAUAUUCGUAGGCUGA